GUUGCGUAAAUGUGGUGUUUUAUUCGCCCGAUGUCCCGUUCUACCUGUUGUAUUCGUGUAGUGUAGCCGUAGCCCACACCGCAGCGCACAGAGUCGGCGUGCACGUAUCCUCUCCGCUCUGUGUUGCUCCCGAACCAGCCACCACGGGGGAGUUAAGGGCAAGACGUCGGGACUGUUUUUCCACUAUUUCCCAAACCUAUAACUUCUCCAUGAUCUGGAUUCAAAGGCAUCCACGUUGUGCCAGUGUCCCCGAUGCAGCGGGUUACGGGGCCCGCGCUUUCCCACACGGCAGAAUCUUGUGUCAGGACCUAUCGCUGGGCGUGUCUGACGUCGGCCCCGUGCGCUCGCAGACAUGAGUGUUGUCAGAGAAAUGCAUGGACACGGGUUUCGGGGCGGAGGUGGGGUGGUGGCCUCUCUGAGUGGGCCUGCCCACUUCACUGAGGAUGCUCCCAGACCCCCAGUGCCUGGAGAGGAGGGUGAUGUGGACCCCCCUGCUCCAUAUGCCAGCACCCGUCCCAACGCCCUCUCCCAAACUCUCGGCUUUCACCCACCCUCGUCUAAAAUGGGUGACACAUCCACGUACACCCCUUCAUCCUCCUCUGCCACCCCCCGCCGCCCUGACCUGGACCUUGGUUAUGAGCCCGAGGGUUCGGCCUCUCCCACUCCUCCGUACCUGAAGUGGGCUGAGUCGCUCCACUCGCUGCUGGACGAUCAGGAGGGCAUCCAGCUCUUCAGGAAAUUCCUGUGCCAGGAGGGCUGUGCCGACCUGCUAGACUUCUGGUUUGCCUGCUCGGGCUUCAGGCAGACCAGCCAGGAGAAGAGGGCCAAGCUUGCCAAGGCCAUCUACAGGAAGUACAUCAUCGACGGCAGUGGCAUCGUAUCCCGACAGAUCAAACCGGCCACCAAGAGCUUCAUCCGAGACUGUGUAGGGAAGCCCCACCCAGAUCCAGCCAUGUUUGAACAGGCGCAGACGGAGAUCCAGGCCAUGAUGGAGGAAAACACAUACCCUCUGUUUCUCAAAUCGGACCUGUACCUGGAAUACACCCGCACCGGAGGAGAGAGCCCCAAACCCAACCCUAGCGACCAGAGCCCCUCUUCUGGUCCGGCAAACGCUGUGCCGGGGUACCUGCCCACGCUCACUGAGAACGAGGAGUGGAGGUGUGCAGGAGAGCGGGAUGCAGAGGAGGACAGAGAUGGAGAGUGCUCGGACACUCCGGCCAGCAGACUGACCCACAGCCUGUUAAUGCAGACUGCCCCCCAGAGGGCAGUAGUGAACAGGAGGAGGCCUGACAGCAGGGAGUACAGACCCUGGAGAGAGCCAGUGAACCCGUAUUACGCCAACCUGGGCUACGCUCGCGCCCCCGCCACUAGUGCCAACGACAGUGAGCAGCAGAGCAUGUCCAGUGACGCAGACACCAUGUCCCUGACCGACAGCAGCAUAGAUGGGAUUCCUCCUUACAGAUUUCGAAAGCAGCAUCGAAAAGAGAUGCAUGAAAGUGCCAAAGCAAAUGGACGUGUUCCCCUACCUCAUAUACCUCGCAUGUACCGCAUGCCAAAGGACAUCCACGUGGAGCCGGAGCGUUUUGCAGCCGCCCUCAUCAGUAAACUGGAGACAGUGCUCCGAGAGCGGGAGGCUCAGGAGAGGCUGGAGGAGAGGCUCAAGAGAGUACGACUGGAAGAAGAGGGCGACGAUGCAGACAGCUCCAUGACCACCUCCAUGUCGUCUCACAGUAUACCACUGUCCCUGCCCACCUUCCCCCCUCUUUACGGAGCCAGGUACUCCGAGACCACCCCUGCCUGUGCCCCCACGUACGGGGGGCUGGUGGCCAUGGAGGACUCCCACGAGGACGACCCUGAGUCUAUUCUGGACGAACACGUGCAGCGGGUCAUGAAGACUCCGGGCUGCCAGUCACCAGGAGCAGCCAACAGCACCUUAGGGGGGCGCCACAGUCCUCCCAAAUCCUCCCGCUCCCCAGACGGAGGCACGGGUCCUCCCCUCUACCCCCCACACCGCGGCCUGCCCGCCCCCGGGGCCAAAGGUAUGCAUCACAAACAGGCGUAUCACCACAGAGGCAGAGAAGCACAGGAAGAGGCGGGCUCUAGGUCACAGGCCAACUUCCUAUGGAAUGGAGAGGGAGGCAGGAGCAGGAACUACGCCGACGGCGCAGGGGCCAGUAAUGUGGAGGGCCUGGGUUACAGCAGUAAGGGCAGCACACUAUCGAGGCGCGGAGGGAAGAAGCCUGAGCCCUCAGGCAAAGGCGAAGAGGCUGUGCGAGCUGCAGAUGCCCCGGUGCCUCUGGAGGACAUGGAGAGGAACCAGAAGAUCCUACAGUGGAUGAUGGAGGGAGAGGCGCUCCGGCACAAGAAGAGCUCACACGGUGGAAGCACCAGUGGCUCCAGGAGGACAGGGACCAGCAGCGAGUCUCCACGGCCGACCUCGGUGGAGCGCCCCGGGGCAGUGCACCCAUGGGUGUCGGCUCAGCUCCGGAACAACCCCUCCUCCGUGUCCCCCGCUAUCCCAUCUGCCACCAGCCAAGUGCAGCCUUCGCAUCCAUUCAUCCAGGACCCCGCCAUGCCCCCCAACCCGGCCCCAAACCCCCUCACCCAGCUGGAGGAGGCUAGGAGGAGACUGGAGGAGGAGCGGAGGAGGGCGGCCGCGCAGCAGGCCAAGCAGAGGCACAAGUCUGCGAAGCGAGUGGAGCGCUGUGAGAACAUGACCGUGGCCUACUAUUUCUGUGGAGAGCCCAUCCCCUACAGGACGUCUGUCAAAGGUCGUGUGGUCACUCUGGGCCAGUUCAAGGAGCUGCUUACCAAAAAGGGCCACUACAGGUUCUACUUCAAGAAAGUCAGCGAUGAGUUUGACUGCGGCGUCGUGUUUGAGGAGGUGCGGGACGACGACGCCAUCUUACCCAUCUUUGAGGAGAAGAUCAUCGGAAAGGUGGAGAAGGUGGACUGAAGCUGGGGACCUGUGAGAUCCCACCAGAACGCUAGAACCAUACGGAUGCAGGCAUAUCGCACGGACAGGAGUUUGAGCCUCGGGAACGCUUGAAGAAAGUCGACAGAUGGACAGAGCCAAGUGAAGCAAAAUGAGAACGAUGAUGAUGCAGGUUUUCAAGAUGGAAUUUAUAUGAAAUGAACCAGGUGCAGGGCCACGAAACACAAGAACGCCUCCUCCUCCUCCUCCGCGGGUCUCUCCGGAGCUGUUCCACUUCCACUACAGCGGACUCAGACGGACAGGAUCAGUAGUCUUCCGCAGACCAGUUUAAAAUGCUGCUACAUUACCACAAACUCUCUCGUGAAAAGGUGCUCGCCAAUGUCCUGAAAGUGCUUUUUUUCGCUCCCCCCGCUGGAGGCUUGCUGUCUGGGGGGAGGGAGCUAGGGGGAUCCGGGCAGAGGAUGCUGGGAAGUGGAGUCCCUCUGCCCCUCCCGCUCGCUCAGACGUAGUAGUGGUUAACCGCGUAGAUGUCACAGCCACACGGAGACGCAAGUUCUCUUGUUUACCAAAGCGUCAUAUUUUUUUGAUGAGACGAGUAUUCUAGCUACUUGUUUUGCAUUUUAUUUCUGUAUAAGGCAGGUACUUCUAAUGCAGCCCAAUUUUUUUGUCAUAUCUCAGUACAAAUGUAUUUUGUGUAUGUUUCUAAGCUAGUUCGUUUGCCAUUUUGAGGACAGCUGAGAACUCUUUUAUUCUUAUUAUCGCAUAUCUAUAUCUCGUAUUGGAACUACACCGGGCCUUCCAGAUGCUGACCAUGUCCCUGAGUGGAGGUGCCUGACUGGCCAAUGCUCAGCUGUGCCUGUGCAGUCCUCGCUCUGGUUUAGGGAGGUUUCACACUACAGCUACCUAAGGCCGCCCCUGACCGCUCGCCACAAGAAUAACAGUGUUUCCCAUUAAUACAGGAGACUAUGGUGGCCCCUCAUAUUCUAAAAUUGCCCCCAUCGUCUAAAAUAACUUGGACUAUAUAUUGGCAUCAUUGGCUCAUUGCAUUAUCAUACACUUAAAAAAUAAAAUGAAGUGGUCAAAAAUGCCUGCUUAAAGAUGAACUAAUAUAGGUAGUAUGUGACAUUUAUACUCCACAAAUUUAAUGAAAUUAAAUUUAAAACAUAAUUUGUUCCUAUACCUAUCACGGUAACACAUUUUGAAUCAUGAUAUAUGGCUAGAUAAAUAUGAAGAUAAACAAUAAUAUUGAAACUACUUAAUACCACUGACAAAAUUAAAAGAAAGCAAGAUAAUCCUAGUUAACUAUUUUUAAAAUAGACAGUAUCAUAAAAAGGUAUAAGGCUUAUUUGUUCCACCAUAGUCUUUACAAAAUCAAUGGAAAACACUGAGAAUAACCACUUGUACGUUCUCCUCACUUGUCUGACAGACAUCAGGCCUGUGCGUUCCAAGUGCAGAGUUUUAAUUUUUUUAAAUUUUUUAUUGUGCAACGACUGUCUCAAAUCUACAGUGAUCAGUUUGUACAGUGCCUCUGCCAAAACCAUUAGAGCAAAGUCGAUGUAUCCUAAAGUCCACCCUCCUUGUGCUAUUCGCCGCCCCUGGCACAGUUGAGGAGAGUGAAUGUACGCUGGCCCUCAGCUCGUCCUCAGAGCCACUCGUGUCCUCAUUAUGCUGUUUAACUGAAUGUGGAGGUCACUCACACCAGGCCUUUGGAGGAAUGUUAGAUUAUUGAUUAGACAUUGGAAACCAAGUUAACUGUAUCAGCCCAUAAUGCCUUCAGUAAGUGAACCAUAGUUUUAAUGUAUUGUUUAUUAAAAAAAAGUCAUUUGAAUAAUCACCAAGCAUGUUCUUUUUAACCAAUGUUUCCUGAUGAGUUGAAUAUCUAUUUUAUUUGUUUAUGAUAAACUUUUAUGGCCCUAUGAUAUAUUUUAUUGGUUUUGUUCGAAUACCCAGGGACAGUUGAAUGACAUUAUUCUCAAGUGUCUUCUGUGAGUUUGUGUGAAACCCAGUGCCUUUCCCAUAUGUCUGUAUGACCCAUGCUUUGACUGUAUUUUGAUGCAGGUGUAUUUAGCUGACUGGCUCUGGUCUAAUAGAAGCGCUGCUGUAAAUAUGUACAUUCUCAUUUCAUACAGAGCUGCACCACGUCCACAUGUCACUGUGCUGGUUCCACUUGUACAUUUCUUUUCAAAAAGGUACUUCAUAAUAAAGCUGUUGAAUCAA